AGAUAAUUACAUGCGUAUUUUACUCCAUGAAUGAAAUUAGAAACAGAAAUGAUUGGUGUGUAGAGAAAGAAUGAAUGAAUGAGUGAUAGAUAGAUAGUCCGUAAAUUUCUCAUCUCUCUCCUCUCUCCAACGGUCCCAAUUGGGUGUGAUGGUUGUUAUAUUCAUUUCAUUUGAAUUAGUUAUCUUCAUUUCUACCAUUCACUAUUACCCCGAACCCAACCUAGGAUCAUAUUAGAAGAAGAUGGCAGACGCUGAGGAUAUUCAACCUCUUGUUUGUGACAAUGGAACCGGAAUGGUCAAGGCAGGUUUUGCUGGAGAUGAUGCCCCACGUGCUGUGUUUCCCAGCAUUGUUGGCCGUCCUCGUCAUACCGGUGUUAUGGUUGGUAUGGGCCAGAAAGAUGCCUAUGUUGGUGAUGAGGCACAGUCUAAACGUGGUAUCCUCACUCUCAAGUACCCAAUUGAGCAUGGUAUUGUUAGCAAUUGGGAUGAUAUGGAAAAGAUUUGGCAUCAUACCUUCUAUAACGAGCUUCGUGUUGCGCCUGAAGAACAUCCAGUUCUGUUAACAGAGGCUCCUCUUAAUCCUAAGGCCAAUCGUGAGAAGAUGACACAAAUCAUGUUUGAGACUUUUAAUGCCCCGGCUAUGUAUGUCGCCAUUCAGGCUGUUCUUUCACUCUAUGCCAGUGGUCGAACAACUGGUAUUGUGUUGGAUUCUGGUGAUGGUGUCAGCCACACAGUCCCUAUUUACGAGGGUUAUGCUCUUCCACACGCCAUCCUUCGUCUUGAUUUGGCUGGGCGUGACCUCACUGAUUUCUUGAUGAAAAUUCUGACAGAACGUGGCUAUUCUUUUACCACAUCUGCGGAGCGUGAAAUUGUGAGGGACAUGAAGGAAAAACUGGCUUACAUUGCUCUCGACUACGAGCAAGAGCUAGAGACAUCCAAGACCAGCUCUGCAGUGGAGAAGAGCUAUGAAUUGCCUGACGGUCAGGUCAUCACUAUUGGAGCUGAGCGUUUCAGGUGUCCAGAGGUUCUGUACCAACCAUCCAUGGUGGGAAUGGAAGCUGCUGGAAUUCAUGAGACCACAUACAAUUCCAUAAUGAAAUGUGAUGUUGACAUCAGGAAAGACCUGUACGGCAACAUUGUUCUCUCAGGAGGCACAACCAUGUUCCCUGGCAUUGCUGAUAGAAUGAGCAAGGAAAUUUCUGCACUUGCACCAAGUAGCAUGAAGAUCAAGGUGGUGGCACCACCUGAGAGAAAGUACAGUGUCUGGAUUGGUGGUUCUAUCUUGGCAUCGCUCAGCACUUUCCAACAGAUGUGGAUUGCAAAGGCUGAGUAUGAUGAGUCUGGACCAUCAAUUGUGCAUAGGAAGUGUUUCUAAACUGUUUCAGCAAUAGGGUUAUUAAAGGAAAAUGCUGGUCUUCUGUAACCCUUUCAAUCUAGCUUUUAUUAUUGCUUCAUCUUAUUCUCCAGGAAUUCAUCGUCAAAUGUUCAAUUUUUCUUCA